AAAAAAGUGUCAAAAAAUAAGAAAAAAAAAUUGUUGUGAAUAUAAACACAAGAUUAAGCAGAGAUAAACAUAAACACACAUUUUUCGGGUAUAAAAUUACAUUCAGUGAUAUAAAAUUUUAUAGUUUUGAGCAUCAAACUAUAACAGCGGCACGAUCACGGAUAAAGGAUUAUUUAUAGAAGAUACAAAAUCAUUGUGGAGUGAGAAUUUAUAAAAAAAAAAUUAAUAGAUACCAAAACUCAAGUGACAAAUGAGAAAUUGAUUCCAAAAAGAAGGAAAUUUUAUCUUAAAAUUUUCAAGUUAAAAGAACUUUUGUAAAAAUUGCACCAAAAAUUUUAAAACCGUCAAAAAUGCAUCUGCCAAAUAGUGAAGGAUCGACGGCGAUUGCAUCACCAACACCGGAACAAGCAAAAUCACCGGAACAGAUAGGCACAUCAAUAAUGAAUGACAUGUACCAAAAUCUACAUGAAUUAUUGCAAGAAUAUCACGGUGAAUUAGUGUCGACUGGAUCGCCAUCAAUUUUGUGCAGUGCUCUUCCAAAUCAUUGGCGAUCAAAUAAAAGUCUUCCAUGUGCCUUUAAAGUUGUUGCAUUAGAUGAUAUUCAAGAUGGUACAAUUGUCACAAUUAAGGCUGGAAAUGAUGAGAAUUAUUGUGGUGAAUUGAGAAAUGCAACGGCAGUGAUGAAAAAUCAAGUCGCAAAAUUCAAUGAUCUCCGUUUUGUUGGACGAUCAGGCCGUGGCAAGUCAUUCUCAAUCACAAUUACAAUUAGCUCAUAUCCAUGUCAAAUUGCCUCUUACACAAAAGCCAUUAAAGUUACCGUUGAUGGACCUAGGGAGCCACGAUCGAAGCAAAAUUAUGCAUAUGGACAUCCGGGUGGAUUUAAUCCAUUCAUGCUCAAUCCGGGCUGGUUGGAUGCUGCUUAUAUGAAUUAUGCUUGGACAGAUUACUUUAGACAUCAACAUCAACCACAUCAUCCUGCGAUGGCGGCAAAAGGAUCACCAACGUUACCAACAACAAAUGGUACGACAGUAUUACCUAAUGGAACCGAUGCAUUCUUCCCGUCACUUCCAAGUCCACCCAAUAGUGUCGCAUCAACAUCUGCACCAACAAUAACAAGUCCUUCAACUCCAACACAACAAAAUUCACAGACAUUAAUCCAACCACCAACAUCAGUGUACUUGCCACCAUUUCCAUUCGCAGCACAUCCAGAACUUCUUCAUAAAUCGCCAUUCAUGCCUUAUAAUGCACUUCGUGCUGGACUUCCGCCACAUUCAUUAACACCUGGUGCUACAAUGUCAUCACUGCUUGGUGGAGAUCAAAAUAAUGGAAAUGUUGGACGUCUUUCGCCAGCAUCAUCAAGAAAUUCUACAUCAAGUCCACCAUCAAAUAGUCAAUCAACACCAAAUCAUAAAAUUAAUUUAUCAAUGGAGUUCAAUUCCACAAAUGAUCAUUCGUCACAUUCAUCAUGUGAGGAUUCAGAGGAUGAGCAAAUUGAUGUUGUAAAAUCAGCAUUUGUGCCAAUCCUAAGGCCGACAUUAACAGCAACAAUAACAACAUCCACAACACCUGAUUCAACUGUCAAAGAAUCAUCGCCGUCACGUGAAAUUCCAAUAAAAAUUAAAUGUGAAUUAAAAGCACCGUCCUCAAAGAAGCAUAUAUUGCACGAGAAAACGUCAGAUGGAUUACAGUCGCCAGAUACAAAAAUUAAAUCGUCGACAAUUACACAGCAACAGAAAACUGUUUGGCGACCUUAUUAAUGCACAAUAUUUGGGAAUUAUUAUGAUUGCCGUAAAAAGAGAAAGAAAAAUUUUAGUCAGUGAUAUAAUCAUUAAAAAUCCAUAAAAGGUGGUGCAAACAAAAAAAAAUUCUAUUAAAUAUAUUUUUAUUGUAUAUAUAGGAAAAAUAGGUUUAAUUUCGGGACAUAAGACAAAAAUUAGUUCGAAAAUGAUUUUUUGUAAAUUAUUGCCUUGCAUAAUAAAGUUCUUCAAAGAGAAAAAAAAGUCGGAAAUAAUGCACAAAUUGCCACACGAUUAAGUACACUCAAAAAAUUCAAAGUAGGGAGAAAAAAUCCAAUUUUUUUGCACAAAAUUACCAAAAAUGAACAUUUUUUCGGUGCAUAAUUAGAUGCCGAUGAAAAAAUGCACUUAUUUCCGAAUUGAUGACAAUUUUCUACCCGAAAAUAGAGUUAUACUUGAUAAAAAAUGAGAGGCACUCGUGAACUGAAAAUGACACUCGCGCGAAAAUUGUGCAUUUUCAUUAUUAUUAUUUUUAUUAUGCGCUGUACAAAAAUUACAAACGGCUGAAUAUUAAAAUUGGGAAUUGCAAUUGGAAAUUUCUUGACAUUAUUUUUAUUUUAUUUCGAUGAUAUUCAAUUUUUUUUUUUGAAGAGCUUUAUGAUGCAAAUGACUGUAAAUAUGUAUAAUGUACAAAGGAAUAAAUAAAAAAAUUUAUAGAUGAAAAAACAGCUUUUUUAAUUUAACAGCAAAGAAUGAGUGAAUUGUAGUGCAUUUUUAUGGAUGAAUUUGGAUGAUUUGGCUACUCACUAUGGAUUGAGUGUAAUUGAGUCAAAUGAAUGGUCUUUCAAGUUCAUUCAGGGUUAGUUUGUUGCGCUAUCCAUUAAAGAUUAGUGAAAUAUUAUCGAGAAAAUCAAAGGACAUGCUCUUCUAUAGCUCAAAUUAAUAUUCAUUUUUAAUUAUUUCGAAUUUUCAGAAUUUUAAAUAAUUUAUUUAUGGCUCAUUUUUCUAGAUUUUUGUUCAAGUCACAGAUGAUUCAACUUGUCUUACGUCCUUUAGUGCAAAAGUUGCAUGAACAAUAAAAGAUAACGUUUAGAGCUUACUAGUCCUUAAACAACUAGAUAUCUCUUUAAUAAUUAAGAAUAUUUACCUUACUGUCUUUAAACUCAUGUCAAUAAUACAGAAAUGAUCAAAAAUCCAGCAAACCUUCAGAUCGUCAGCCAAAAAAUGCACUCUAUUCACUCAAGAUUCAAAUAAUAUUAUUAAAAUAAUUUUAAACUUGAUUUUAAAAUAAUGUGAAAAGAUAUUGCAUUUAUGCAACAAAAAUAGCC